UGCAGAACGCCUGGCCGCCCUGGGUGCUCAGUCUCUUCAACUUGUCUGUUGAGUUCAUAACUCCUCAGUAUUCUAGGUUGCUGCUAAAAUAAAAAACGAAAUUGGUCUACUCAUUGCGACAGAAAUAACUUGUGGGGGGCCAUUUUGCUAGUUGCCGUGAUCGUGGUCUCGCGGCGUCACACAAUGGGCGGACGAGAGUCGUACGCCAAUCAGGUCGUAUCAAGACGUCGGUCCGUCCCCGCCGCGUUUGUAACUGCGGACGCUGCAGCGUCGCAAAUGAGAAUGAUAUCUGGACUAGCGGCAGUUCUCUUCCGGCUGAUUUUUCUGGAGCUCCCGUCCCUCUCCGAGUCGCGGGUGCAGUUAUUCAAGUUGCAACCUACGAUCACAGGGAGACCGUCCCGUAUACCACCUGCGCCUCUUCGUUCACGCGGUUCAGACAGCACUUCGUCUGCCUCCGCGACGACAAGCGGAACCACUGUGACCGAAUCCGUCGCUGAGCAAGUAGAGGAUGAUGAGCCAGUACUCGCGCGGUCCCGGACAAGAAGACGAUCUGGACCGGCCGCAGAGACUGACAACUACGCGAUUACCGAAGACGUAGACAAUGCCGGGCGCGUGAUUCGGAGCGUCAAUUUUGCGCGGCCGUCGGAUGGGAUUGGGCUUGAUGACGCGCUUUCUUCGCCGGAAAACGGGUUCGACGGCACAGGAGCCGCUACUAGGCGUCGCGGUGGAACCGUAUCUGGAUCUGCUGAGCCAGCGGAGGAGAACCGCGGAGCGAGGUCUUCGCAGCUGGGGGCCGCGAGAUCAGGUAGAAGAAAUAAUGCCGCGAGACGGGCGCAAGUGCGUAGUGGUACUGAUGCAACCUCUGGGGCAAACGCCAGUGCAGGGGCGAAUGGCACAAGAGCUGGAGUGGCAGCCAAAGACGGCCCGGACGCUAGAACGGAAGAACAUGCCGCUUGCAGUCUCCCUGCGGUGGACGAGUUUCUGGUGCGAUCUCUCAAAACGCAGCGGGAGCGGCGACAGGAGGCACAGGAUCGCAACUGCGGAUUCCUUCCCAUCCGAUCAGUGGCGGACCACGAAAGACUGGCGAAGCGCCUAGAAGACUGUCCACACCUGGCGGAUCAGGUUCGCCCUCCUGCUGAAAUUCGUCUGGUCGCUUGUAGUUUCGCUUGAGACCUUUAUUCAGCCCCAGUCAGUCUUUCUUGUGUUUGAAUUGCUUCGGCGUUUCUUUUGAUCCCUACAACUAGUUUCGGUUCUUUCAUUUAGCACUUCUCAUUGGGGGUCUUUCUCGGAACAAAGUGAUGUCUUCAACAUAAUCAGUUACCGAAGCUCUGCAGUCCGCAGCCGCACACGGGAAAGGAGCUUUACAACUGCUUGCUGAUGAACCACGUGCCAUCCGAGCUUAGUUGUCCGAUCUCGUUGCAACUGCUGACCAAGCCGGUACAGAUUCCGGCUGACGGCACCAAGUUUCAUUUCGAACAGGACUGCCUCGAGAAGUGGUUCGCGAAAGAGAGAAGCAAGCCUGCCCGCGAAGAGGGGCAGCCGGUGCGGUUGACGCAUCCCCUGACCAGGCAGGAGCUCUACGGCCCCGGCCCCCACAUGCAGCCGGCGUGUGCGGCGUUCAGAAAACAACUGAAGGACUUCGACAACCUGUGCAAGCAGGUUUCUCGCGAGCACUGCUACGAAACCUACGAGCGGCGAAAAUACUUGGGCUCAGCUACGACUUGUGGCAGCGGGUGCGGCACAUCAACGGGAUCGAGUCUCGAAAUGCUCGCCUCGCGCUGCGGUGGCGGCCCAAGCAUGUCCAAAUCCCAAAGGCGGCGCGCAAGCCGACGGCAGCGAGAUCGUCAGGAGCGGGAAUCGCGAGGCGGAGUGGCAGUAGAUGAUCAUGAAGAUGAGGCACAAUUAGAAGCUGCCCUCGACGCUGAACUACCUGCGCGAGCAAAAGCCGCUGCGACCGAGAAUACUAUACAGCCAAUCAGUGGUCGGACUGCGCCAGGCACUCUGCUGGACGACCCCAGAAGUACCAGCGCGUCGCCAGCGAGCCCGCGUUUGGCUGCUUCUCGCCCCCGCAGCGCCAGAACUACGAGCAUUACAGGGUCUUCCGACCACCCGGAGAACGUGCAGCGGAUACACGACGAGGACGAGAUCCAUUCGGUGCAGUCCCAUUCAGUGCCCGAGGAGGACGCAACACCCAUGGCGCUCGGCAGGUCUCGAUCCUCUGAUAGAGCUGCGAGCCCGGGGCGGCUCCUGCACGAGUUGCACCGCGGGUCGGGGGGGACAGCGAACGCGUCUGGGGCCACCACCUUUGCCGUGUACGACGGCUCCUCCUUUGAGAUUCCUUACGAUGAUCAGAACGCGGAUGCGCCCGACGGGGGUAUCGAAGAGGCGACCGGAAGGACGGAAUCGUCCGGCGGACUGACCACUCGGUCAAGCACAGCAAGUAGUUACAGCAACUAUCACCUGCCAGCCUCCGCGAGCAGCUCCACGAUUGCCACGCUGACAAGCAGCCCCCUGCUGCGAAGCACAAGUAAGCGGAGCUCGCCAGGUACUUACCCAUAUUACGCGCCAAUAUAAAAGAAAAAAUGGCUGCUGUGAGAGCGAAGCGAUUCUUUGCGGUUUAGGAUUUAGCGAAGCGAUUCUUUGCAACUUUUGGUUUUGCCGAAGGCAGACAUUUUUGAUGUCAGUACAGAAUAAAUCUCAUCUCUUGUUGCUUUUGCUGGUCGUGUUGGACUCAAAGAAAACAAAAUUUCAGACUCGCCGGUGAUCUCUCCGCUGGUUUUGGACGGUGACAUUACCUCUCUUUCGGACGACGACGGCGAGGAAGAGGACGACGAGGACGGUAGCAGCCAAAUAGACACGAGCAGAGUGUUGGACGAGCGCACGAGCUGCACCGACCAAGAAAUUGAGUGUUUGUCGCUGUUGCUGGGGUCUUUAGACUUGCAGGCCGAAUGCAACCAUCGUCACGUGGAGGAGGUGCUGGAGCAGACCCAAGCGCGAAAUAACUACCUUGCCUCGCUCUCGAAGCAGCAGCGGUACAUGAAAUAGAAAACGUAUGCUAGAAUACGCGUAGUAGAAGUGUAAAGUAAUUCGUUUUCGAUUUUGUCCCGGUGCAGCAUCAUUUUCGAACAAAACAACUUCGGACAACACGACUCUCGCACCUCUAUCCAACACAGAACCACGCUCGCGCGAACUCGGACCAACGACCCGACCGGGCUGGCUCUUGAGUUCUACGUGAAGACCAAGACUGCACCGAAGGAGGUCUUCGAAAAGUCCGACGCAAGCUAUGGCGUUCUCAAACGUUACAUUCUCAAUUGUUACAUGAUUUGUAAUACAAAACGAGCAUCAUCAUCAACAUUCACAAGGUGAAGCCACUUCGCAUGACAAAUUUUGGAAAGGCUAAACAGCACCUAAAUCCGUGCGGAAUUUGUGAUGCUACAGGUGGAACCUCCCUGCUUUGACUUUUGCCAUUCUUGCAUCACAAAUCCAUGUUGGCUUCGGUCCGCCUGACUCCGCGACCCGGUGGCCUGACCAUCUGCGGAAAGGUGCCCUAUGGGUUGCGUUUGUGGUUUCUUUCGGUCGGUUUAGCAUCACAAAUCCAUGUAACAUUUGAGAAUGUAACAGUUGAGAACGCCAUACAAGCAGCGACACGGAGGAUGCGAAUCGGUGCUGCUGGUUUUCUAUCAAAUGCAAAAAUGUCUGGGUCUGGAAGAGUCAUGCUGUUUUUGCAUGACGCAGAAGGUCUGGCAUGGAAGCUCUAGCAUCACAGGUUUCGAGAAGCGUUCGCCAUGCCGAACCCGCAUGACAAACCCCUGAUUUUGGUGACAGAAAGUGGGCAACUUUUGCUGCAUAUGCAUGAGAGAUUUUUCUGUGUUCUGAAAUGCGCAUCGCAAGUUGCAGGCUAACCUUCCAGACCCAGACAUAUUUGCAUUCCAUAUUUUCGCCUUUGAAACGCAUCUUACGUAAUCUCCCCGCGGUUCCCCGCGGCCUGCGCACGCCUGCGGCAUUCUUUCGUUCUCCGCGGAGAAGUAGAAGUAGUACUGGUAGAGCUAGUGCGAGCACAGAGGCCGCGAGGCGUGCUUCCUCGCGUCUAGGCUUUUCGCGAGAAGGUCACCCGGAGUCUUCUGGUGGUAGAUUUAGUAGUGGCCCCACAACUAGCACCACAUACGCUGGCGAUGGCGGAAAUGGCGCCAGCCACAUUCUUUCAGCGCCCGGAGGUGCCGGCAAUUUUAGUGCCUCUGCUUCUAGCACUUCCACGCCUGCGCAAAUGGCCGGAGCGCCACUGACGGCUUCCCCGCGGCGGGUGUCCUCCUAUGCGCUUUAAGUAUAACAGAGGGUAGCGAGGAUCCGACACGUUGAAAUCAAAGCGCUCCUCCUGCUCUUCGAUUAUUGGAGAUAGGCAACACUCACACUGGCACGGCGAGCUGAGGUGCUGCUGGCUCAAUAUAGUUCAAAUUUUGUGCAACAGCAUUUAUUUUCCAGUCCCGUUUCAGGCGCACAGCCCGCACCGCGAAGGUGUCGCGGUUUCUCGAGUGCAGCCGCGUUGCGUCAGCACGCUAUCGCUCUGCUCUCUGACGCCUUGUGGGGAAAUUGAUCUGCAACUUUGCCAUUCGUAUUGGAAGCGAAGGUGCUUCAGAUCAGGUUCUAUGUAAGUAUGACGUAAGUUGCAGUUCUUCUCAUCUUCUUGCCGCGUGAUUCAGAUAAAAGUUUUGUGGUUGUUUGUUCUAUCGGCCUUUCUAGAGUAGUUGCUUGCGAAAUAUUCCUAGAAACGUGCGUCAUUUGUACAUUAGGUUGCUUGAAGGUAGACCGCUUUCACCGGUAAUCAGUAAAUGUAACGGGUACUGUACCUGUUCAUGGUUCAUCUACAGUAAUAUCGUUUCGCUUUCUGCUCGCAGCGUCCCACCUGUUACCGUUAGAAAUAAAGGAGUAAAGUAGAAAGACGGCAAGCUGCAAACAAUGCUCCUGUUGCAACAGCAACAGGAGUUUACAAUGAAUGUAUUUUUCGGGCUGCAAAAUGAAAAAGUGCAGAAGCAAAUGGUUUCGUUCAAAAUGCCUCAAACAAGGAGAAUUUCAAUCUUAGUUAUUUUUGAAUGCGCGGGCGACAUCACCUCAUGAUUUAGAUUUAUUGUAGUACGCUUUUGUUCAUUUACAUUUUCUUGGUCUGUCAUCAUCUCCUGCAUUAAUUUGCAAAACAGAUCCUGCCCCUACAUUUAUUACUCGCCCGCCGCCGCAGUAUCGCGUGGU